CUCCUAGUAGCAGUGGGUAACACUGGAGAGCAGCAGAUACAGACAGGGGGCUAAGCUAGCAGCAAUGGCUGGAAAGGAUGUUGCUUCCAUGUUUGCCGUUGCUCUCUUCAUCGGAGCAUUCGUUUCUGUUCCUACAAGUGUGCAAUCCAUCGGCGUGUGCUACGGCGUGAUCGCCAACAACCUCCCGCCGGCGAACGACGUGGUGCAGCUCUACAGGUCCAAGGGCAUCACCGGCAUGCGCAUCUACUUCGCCGACGCCAAGGCCCUCUCCGCGCUCCGUAACUCCGGCAUCAGCCUCAUCCUCGACGUCGGCAACGACCAGCUCGCCAGCCUCGCCGCCAGCACCUCCAACGCGGCGUCCUGGGUGCAGAAAAACGUCCGGCCAUACUACCCGGCCGUGAACAUCAAGUACAUCGCCGCCGGUAACGAGGUCCAGGGAGGCGCCACCCAGAGCAUCGUGCCGGCCAUGCGGAACCUCAACGCGGCUCUCUCCGCCGCUGGGCUCGGCGCCAUCAAGGUGUCCACCUCCAUCCGGUUCGACGAGGUGGCCAAGUCCUUCCCGCCCUCCGAGGGCGUGUUCGCGAAUGCCUACAUGACGGACGUGGCCCGGCUCCUGGCGAGCACCGGCGCGCCGCUGCUGGCCAACGUGUACCCCUACUUCGCCUACAAGCGCGACCCGCAGAACAUCAAGCUCAACUACGCCACGUUCCGGCCGGGACCCACGGUGCGGGACGACAAGAACGGGCUGACCUACACGUGCCUGUUCGACGCGAUGGUGGACGCCGUGGUCGCCGCCCUGGAGAAGGCCGGGGCGCCGGGGGUGAGGGUGGUGGUGUCGGAGAGCGGGUGGCCGUCGGCGAGCGGGUUCGCUGCGACGGCGGACAACGCGAGAGCCUACAACCAGGGACUGAUCGACCACGUCGGCGGGGGCACGCCCAAGAGGCGUGGCGCGCUGGAGACGUACAUCUUCGGCAUGUUCAACGAAAACUUCAAGAGAGGGGAGCUCGUGGAGAAGCACUUCGGGCUGUUCAACCCGGACAAGUCGCCGGCGUACCCCAUCCAGUUCAAGUGAUCUAGUCUUCUAGUCUAGUCGAGCUAGCUUACACGUGUACGUACCCAGGUCUUCUUCUUCAGCCUAAAUAAGCAGCACGUAAGUACACACGUUCGACACGUACUCCAUGGGAGAGGGAAGCCAAUGACUUCCUGUUCCUGGUGGUGAUACAUCAUCAUGUUAUGAGUAAAGAGAGGGAAGCAGUUAUGAA